AUGAGAUCUAAAGAUUCUUGUGUAGGCCCAGCACCAAGUGGAAUACCCAGAAUACUUAAUGAUACCUUUAAUAAGACUGUAUUACAUGAAUUCUUCAUAUUCUCAGUAUUUUUAGCUCUAUUACCCUGUGGAAUAUUUUUUGUGGGACCUUAUUUGCUAAAAUUUGUAUUAAAUAAGAAUUAUAUAUUACUUGCUUCUGCAAUAUUAUCGGUUAUAGUAGUAAAUAUUAUAUGCUAUAUCUACAUAUAUAGAGCAUAUAUUCAAGAGAAGAGUGAAUGGGAGCAUAUUGGUCCACCAUGCUUAAGCCAAAAAGAAGAAAGUAGAAAGGAAAGAUGA